AUGCCCCCAACUACAGUAGCAACUAAUGGUAUACACAAGGAGGUGGGGGAGCUUCAUAUCAACGGUAACGGUAAUGGUGUACGGGCCAGGAUGGCCAGGAAACAAUCCAGCCCAAUGAUGCCAGCCUUCAUGGUCUCGGCUCCUGGGAAGGUCAUCAUGUUUGGAGAGCACUCGGUGGUGUACGGCAAGAAAGCUAUCGCUGCCGCCAUAAACCUCCGAUCAUAUCUUCUCGUAACGGCGCUGUCCAAGUCGAAAAGAACCAUCACACUCAGAUUUCCAGACAUCGACCUUAUCCACACUUGGAACAUCGACGACCUGCCGUGGUCUACCUUUUCGCAGCCUGGCAAGAAAAAGUACUACUAUGACCUUGUCACAUCUCUAGACCCCGAUUUGAUGGACGCGAUCCAGCCCCACCUUGAGCCCGUAUCUAGCGAGGCCCCCGACGCGCAACGCAAGGUCCACAUCAGCGCGGCGGCCGCUUUCCUCUACUUGUUCCUCUCCCUUGGUUCACAAGCCUUCCCUGGAGGCAUUUACACGUUGAGGUCGACGAUACCCAUCGGCGCAGGCCUGGGCUCGAGCGCCUCCAUCUCGGCGUGCCUCUCGGCAGCGCUCCUACUGCAGAUCAGGACAUUAUCGGGACCUCACCCGGACCAGCCGCCUGACGAAGCCCGCGUGCAGGUCGAGCGCAUCAACAGGUGGGCUUUUGUAGCCGAGAUGUGCAUACAUGGCAACCCAUCUGGGGUGGAUAAUACGGUGUCGACCCAAGGCAAGGCCGUGGUGUUCCAACGGCUGGACUAUGCCAAGCCGCCUGUCGUCACCCCGAUGUGGGACUUUCCUGAGCUGCCGCUGCUUGUAGUGGACACAAAGCAGGCCAAGUCGACCAAGUUUGAGGUUGAGAAGGUGGCCAAGCUUAGGGAAACACACCCCAAGAUUGUCAACUCGAUACUGGACUCGAUGGAUAAACUUACCCAAGCGGCGACAGAGGUGAUGACUGACGAGGAUUUUGACAACGAGGACGUCGAGAGCCUGCAAAAGGUGGGCGAGCUUAUGGGUAUGAACCACGGCUUGCUUGUGUCUUUGGGAGUGUCGCAUCCUAGACUGGAAAGGGUGCGUGAGCUUGUGGAUCACGAGGGGAUAGGAUGGACAAAGCUUACAGGCGCCGGCGGUGGUGGAUGUUCGAUCACGCUGAUGAGGCCCGAUGUGCCGAGGGAGAAGCUGGAGCGUCUGAAGGAGAGGCUAGACGAGGAGGGAUACCUCAAAUUCAGGACAACCCUGGGCGGUGGCGGCGUCGGUGUGCUGUGGCCUGCCGUGCUGAGGAACGGGAUGGACGAAGAUGAGGAGGGUGGGAUGGAAAUUGACGUCGAGAAGUUCCUGAACGCAGACGGAAACGAAGGAGUCGAGAGGCUUGUUGGUGUGCACGGCACAAGUGAACCCAAAGAGGCGCCUCCUCCACCGCGCACCCUCAACGAGCAAAGCCAACAGAGGUACGAGCUCGCUCACCCGCUUCACGAGGCCUUCCAAAAGGUCGGCAUCAGCGGGCUAUCGGCACCAGAGCUCCAACUGUGGACGAGCGCGCAGUACUGCCGCGCAACGGCGGCGAGCACAGGCACCGCCCAUAAGAAGCAACAGCAGCAGCUCGGGAACAAGGCCCACCGCGAGACGUGGCGGGCCUUCAACGAGGCGUCUUUACCCUUGCGCGUGCCCAAGAAGCCCACGUGCUGGGGCAAGGACUACGCCGGACGGGACGUCGGGGAGCUGACCCUCGACCAAUUCCGCGCCAGGUUCGAGAAGCGUGCCAGGCUUACUUGCCUGCUCGCCACCAGGGGGACGUCGGCACCGCAGACGGAGCCGGAACUCAUCAAGGAGAAGCGGAGGAGGCUCGAGAUGGCGACCUUGAGGAGCGAGCUCUACGGGGAGCUGGUGGGAAGCCUUGCGAGGGAUCCGGCGUGGGACGACGUGGUGCCGAUCCCGUUGAACGAGCCUGACAAUGCGCUGGCGGCCAUUGCGUACCCGGACGAUUAUGCUGAAGCCAUAUCAUAUCUCCGUGCCGUCAUGGCAAGCAAGGAGUACUCACCGCGCUGCCUCAAACUCACUGAGCACAUCAUAUCCAUGAACCCGGCACACUACACCGUCUGGCUGUAUCGCUUCUCCAUCAUCAAGGCCCUCGGGCUCGCCAUCCCGGACGAGAUCCAAUGGCUCAACAGCGUCGCGCUCCAGCACCUGAAGAACUACCAAAUCUGGCACCACCGCCACCUUCUGAUAGACAGCUACUACCCUCAGAUAGCAGACGACAAGGACCAGGUCGCCCAGCUGGCCGCGUCGGAGCGCGACUUCAUCACAACCAUGCUGGCCGAGGACACCAAGAACUAUCACGUGUGGUCGUACCGCCAGUUUCUCGUCAGGCGGCUACAGGCGUGGCGCGACCCGGAUGAGCGCCGCGCCGUCGAGGGCCUGAUCGACGACGACGUGCGGAACAACUCGGCCUGGAGCCACCGCUUCUUCCUCGUCUUUACCGACCCGGAGCAGACCACGGCCGGGUCGCACGCCACAGAGGCCGACCCGGCCGUGCCGGCCGCCGUCAUCGACGAGGAGCUUGCCUAUGCCAAGGCCAAGAUCAACCUCGCGCCGCAGAACCAGAGCCCCUGGAACUACCUGCGCGGCGUGCUGGUAAAGGGUGGGCGGGAGCUGGCGACCGUGGAGGAGUUUGCGUCGGGCUUCGUGGCGGACCUGGGCGACGCCGACAAGGAGGAGGUCAGGAGUACGCACGCCCUCGACCUUCUAGCUGAGAUAUACGCCGAGAAAGGGGAUAAAGAUAAGGCGAUCUUGUGUCUCGAUAGGCUUGGGGACAAGUGGGAUCGGAUACGCAAGGGGUACUGGGACUGGAGGAAGAAGACAUUGACGACGGCCGUCUGA